ACCGCCGGGGCUGAGCAGGGCCGGCUGCCCGCACACGCGGCCCACCGCCGGGCGCUCAGCAUGAGCGAGAACGUGCCCAUGGUGCCCGGCGUGCCCGCGUGCAACGGCAGCGCGGCCCCCGAGGAGGGCCUGCCGCUGGCCGACGGCGUCACCAAUGGCAUCGGUAGGGCCGUGGGGACGGUGCCCUGCAUGGAGGCAGCUGCGCAGCCCGGCACUCCGCUGGCAAAAGGAAACGUGGAGGAAAGCGGGAACUCGCUGGCAGAGGACACAGCGCAUGGGGACUGUGAUGGAGAGGAGCAAUGCGGAGAAAAGCAACAGGAGAACAUUGUGGCACUGCAGCAGGGAGCAGCUGAGCCCCAGGAUACGACUGAGCCCCAGGACAUGGGAGCCUGCAGGCAGGAGCUGGAGGAAGGGCAGCGGGCGCCGGGCACAGCGGGCAGUCCUGCUGGGGAGGCGGCGGUGACCCCCACGGGCAGCACCGAGCGGAGAGGGAAUGAUGCCGAGGAGGAGGAAGAGGAAGAGGAAGAGGAAGAGGAGGACGAGGAGGACACCGAGGAGGACGAGGUGCAGGUGAUAGAGGUGCCGAAGGGGAGCGGUGCGGUCCCCCAGCAGCAGGAGGGCGGCACAGAGCUGUUCCCCCCCGGCAGCCCCACCUGCAACGCGCCGGCAGAGAGGGCCGGGGAGCAGCCAGGGCUGGGGAAGAAGAACGACAUCUCCAGGCACAGCUAUUCCCGGUACAACACCAUCUCCUACCGGAAGAUCAGGAAAGGAAACACCAAACAAAGGAUCGAUGAAUUUGAAUCCAUGAUGCACUUAUAAACCGAGGUGGGGAAUCGCUUAAUGGGCCCGAGAGCUCGCGCUGGUUCUGGCUUUGUUUGUCUCCCAAGACACGGCCUUCACACGGCACGGAUCCACCCUUGCUUCCUUUUUGUAUGUGAUUCCCUAACUACCUUCCCCUUGACAGCAGGUGGGGCAUCCACGGGACGGGGGAGCGAGCGGUUUGCUGAAGGUGUAACGUCAAUUCACUCCAAGUCCACCUGCUUCUUUUCUCUCCGUUUUUCAUACCCACGCUCACACAGCAGCAUGCCCUGAGCACACUGCAGUCCCGGCUUGUGCUGCUGGGGUGACCGGGGCUGCGCAGCCCAACCUCACUGAGCACAGCCCAACCUCACUGAGCACAGCCCAACCUCACUGAGCACAGCCCAACCUCACUGAGCACAGCCCAACGCAGCCCCAUGCAGCUCUAGGAUCAGCCCAGCGCAGCCUCCCAGCACCACAGCUGUGUUCUCCACGUGCUGCCACUUUGCACUGUGGCUGCAUUUCAUGUGAUUCUUCUCAAAUUUCAAACUAUGUUUAGAUGCAAAAUUUUAUAUUAUUAUUAUUAUUGUUAUUUUUGAGAGUAGGCGGAUUUCAGGGAUAAUUUUUUUUGCCACCUGAACACAGCCUUUUCCCCUUCUCCAUUUUAAAGCUCUCUUGUAUAACCUCAGUGCUGUGGAUGCGGUCUGUUCCAAACUGUUUUAUGGAAAGCUCUGCCUUGAGUUGGGACUGACCGAGCUUUGCAUCCCACAAAGGACUGGGGGUGUUCAGGGAAAGGAGAGGCGGUCUGAGCAGGGUUGGGCUGCGACUCCCACCCCAGCACUCCCCUUCAUCCAUCACUGCUAUUUUAAUUCUCAGAUUUACAUUAUUUCCAGCAGCACUGAGUAUUGCUUUCACUUUUUUUUGUUCCACAGAAAGGCAAUUAUUUAUUGGCAACGUCAAAAUAAUAAAUGGCAAUUCUGUAUUGUACAAACAAAA